AUGCCUCGCACAAGCUCUCCGACCCAUGCCUCGCACAAGCUCUCCGACCCAUGCCUCGCACAAGCUCUCCAACCCAUGCCUCGCACAAGCUCUCCAAACCAUGCCUCGCACAAGCUCUCCAACCCAUGCCUCGCACAAGCUCUCCGACCCAUGCCUCGCACAAGCUCUCCAACCCAUGCCUCGCACAAGCUCUCCAACCCAUGCCUCGCACAAGCUCUCCGACCCCUGCCUCGCACAAGCUCUCCGACCCCUGCCUCACACAAGCUCUCCGACCCCUGCCUCGCACAAGCUCUCCAACCCCUGCCUCGCACAAGCUCUCCGACCCCUGCCUCGCACAAGCUCUCCAACCCCUGCCUCGCACAAGCUCUCCAACCCCUGCCUCGCACAAGCUCUCCGACCCCUGCCUCACACAAGCUCUCCAACUCCUGUGGGAAAUUUUCCAAGAGUUUAUUAUAUUUAUAA